UCGCCGACCCGAUGGAAGUCGACAGAUUCGAGAAGGACGUCAAGCGAACCAACACCGAAUUCCUGGCGAUAGCAACAGAGGUGGAAACCGACGGAAAGACGACCUCGGAACCUCCAAGAAAAAUUAAGGAAUUACUGAAGCUGUUCCAAGACAUUCUCCCUGACGACCUCCCGGACGAGCUACCGCCAUACCGAACGCACCAACACGAGAUCGUGGAGGAACCAGGUUCGAAGCCGACCUUCCAAGCACCAUAUCGGCUCAGCCCAACCGAGCUAGCCGACAUGAAGAAGCAAAUCGAGUAUCUCCUUGCCAAAGGACUCAUCCGACCAUCCACUUCACCAUACGGUGCCCCAGUACUUCUCACACCGAAACCGGACGGAAGCCUGCGCAUGUGCAUCGACUACCGAGCUCUCAACAAGCAGACCAUCAAGAACAAGAUGGCGGACAAUUCCGUUCACAAAACGGCCUUCCAAACUCGGUACGGAUCGUACGAGUAUCUGGUGAUGCCGUUCGGACUCACCAACGCACCUGCAACAUUCCAGGCAGAGAUGAAUCAUAUCCUACGCCCACUCUUGGACGAAUGCGUGGUGGUGUACCUGGACGACAUUCUCAUCUACUCGCGCGACAUGAAGCAGCACGUCGAACACCUACGACGCGUCCAAUUCCUCGGACAUAUCCGACAAGGCAGUGGGAGCGUCUUGAUGCAAGACCAGGGGAAUGGACUUCAACCAAUCGCCUACCUCAGCAAGAAACUACACGGAGCAAAACUCAACUACCCGAUACACGAGAAGGAGGCCCUUGCUAUCAUCAUCGCCUUCAAAACUUGGAGAUGCUAUCUCGAAGGACGCAAAACGACAGUCUACACCGACCAUUGCAGCCUAAAAUAUUUGAAGACACAACCAAGCCUCUCUAGACGACAGGUUCGAUGGAUCGACUUCCUCGAGACGCACUUCCACUACGACAUCGUGUACAAGCCUGGCCAUAAAAACAAAGCCGGUGCACUUAGCCGGCCUGCACACAAAUUCGUCACCUCGUGCACUACAUGUCAGCGGAUGAAGAGCAGCAAACAGAAAAAAGCGGGUCUACUACGGCCUCUUCCUGUCCCAGAACAGGCAUGGCAAGUGGUCAGCCUAGAAUUCAUCACCGGGCUACCAACUACCACAAGCGGUCAUGACACAAUCCUCGUCGUCAUUGACAAGUUCUCCAAAAUGGGACAUUUCAUCCCGACACACACGACAACACGCACCGAGGAGACGGCACAACUCUUUGUUCGCUACAUCAUCUCACAACAUGGCAUUCCAACCACAAUCAUCUCCGACCGAGACCCUAAGUUCACCAGCAAAUUCUGGAAAGAACUGAUGUCUCUACUCGGAACCAAACUCGCCAUGUCAUCCGCCUACCAUCCGCAGACAGAUGGACAGACCGAGCGCCUCAACCAAAUUGUGGAACAACUCCUCCGUGCAGCCUGCAAGGACGACAUCUCCAAAUGGGACUUGCAUCUACCCGUCCUAGAGUUUGCCUACAACAAUGCUACUCACGCCGCUACUGGACAGACGUCGUUUUCCUCUGUUACGGACGCCACCCACUCACACCUCAACAGCCAAACAUACCAGCCACAGUGACCGAGUCCUACUCAACACACG